CCGUAGUCAUCAUUUCAUUGGCGGUCAGACUCACGUUUCAUUGGUCGCGCUGCCAUACUCUGUCUUUAUGGACAUGAAUGUGUGUACAGUACAAAUGAGAAUAUAUUAAUAUUUUUUUACAUUCAUUUCUCUGUACGUGUAUAAUUUAGAAGACGAGCUUGAUUGUGGAGUUUAUCACUUGUCGUCGUUUAUCAGGGUUCAGCAAUGCCUGCUUUUCACCAGGUUGGGGAGAAGCAGCUCCCCAACCCCAUUCUGUACAUGGCCUGGUCUCCUAACAGAGAUCUGAUCGCCCUGGCUAACACUUCGGGAGAGCUUCUCCUGCAUCGGCUUGCCAACUUUCAGCGGGUGUGGAGUUUAAUGCCCAAUGAGAACACCGGUAAAGAGAUCACAUCGCUGGCCUGGAGACCUGAUGGGAAAGUCCUGGCCUUCAGUGUGGGAGACACAAAGCAGGUGGUGCUGUGUGAUGCGGAGAAAGCAGAAAUCCUGCACUUGUUUCCUGUUGAAUACCCAGCAUCCUGCAUGCACUGGAUGGAGGUGCAAGAUGACAGCAGCACAUUGUCCUCGUUCAGCGAGUCCGAGGAUGAGUCCAGCCGUUUUCUUCCAAAGUUACCCUCUUUACCUAAGAGCACCACAUCAAAGAUAUUUAGUGAAGAGAAAUCAGAUGAAGUCACAAACCUUUUAGGGGAAGUGAGGCUCAAUAUCCUGGUGGUGGGAGGACCGUCUGGAUUCGUGGAGCUGUAUGCGUAUGGCCUGUAUAAGAUUGCUACGCUGAGUGGAAUCUCAGGGACGUGCCGUAGUCUUGGACUGUCUAGUGACCUCAAGUCCCUCUCUGUUAUUACAGAGAUUAGAUCCACAGAAGACAACCCCGAGAUACAUUACAUACAGCUGGACACCGGUCUGCUGUCUUCAUGUUUACCUGAGUUGACCAAAAUGGCCCGCAAGUUUACACACAUUUCCACACUGCUGCAGUAUCUGCGUCUCUCUCUCACCUGCAUGUGUGAGGCUUGGGAGGACAUUCUUAUGCAGAUGGACCUCCGUCUCACUAAGUUUGUCCAGGAAAAGAACACAAGCACUCAGGUUCAGGAUGAGUUUCUGGAGCUAUUAUUAUGGGGCCAUGCAAGCCCUGAACUUCAGGCUCUUCUUAUGAAUCAACUCACAGUAAAGGGCUUGAAGAUGUUGGGUCAGUCCAUUGAUUCGUCUUAUUCCAGCAUCCAAAAACUUGUUAUCAGUCACUUGCAGAGUGGCUCUGAGGCGCUGCUGUAUCAUCUGAGCGAGGUCAAAGGAAUGGCGCUCUGGAAACAGAAGUUUCAACCUCUCGGCCUGGAUCCUGCAGCCAUCGAGGAUGCCAUUGUAGCCGUGGGCUCUUUUACCCUGAAGGCCAGUGAACUUUUGCAAGUUAUAGACAAAAGUAUGAAGAACUUCAAAGCCUUUUUCAGAUGGCUGUAUGUUGCAAUGCUUCGAAUGUCAGAAGAUCACGUUCCUCCUGAGCUUAACAAGAUGACUCAGAAGGAUCUGGCUUUUGUGGCUGACUUUCUGUCUGAGCAUUUCAGUGCUAAUGAGGAGCUGUUUGAUCGGAAAGGGAAGUAUUUCAAUGUUGAGCGCGUCGGACAGUACUUGAAGGAUGAAGAUGAAGACUUGGUAUCUCCACCCAACAUGGAGGGCAACCAGUGGGUGACCUUUGUAAAGCAGAGCACUUGCCUGAAAGACAGUCCAUUACUCUUUCCCACUUACCCACAGAAGUCUCUGCACUUUGUCAAGAGAAUGAUGGAGGGGUCCAUUGAUUUGUGCUUACAGAAACCGGCCGAGGUGAUUGGCCAUUCAGUAAAACAAGCUGUGUGUUUGCCACUGUACACUGUCCCUGAGAGCUCUGAAAAUACACCGAGAUUGUUUGAGCUGCCUUCAUUGUGGAAUGAUAAGAAGGCUGGUAUGCAUUAUGUAGUGUUCUGCAUGCCUGAGAUCUCGCCCUCUAAAAUCUAUAUUUUGAGGAGAGCAACAGACCCCAACAGGUCUGUCCCUAACGGUCUGGUAGCCUUAAACCUCAACACUCCUCUCAAUUCUAGCAUAGAUGAUGAAACGCCUGCACCAGCUUCUGCUGACAGUUCGUACGGUUGCCUUGAUGCCCGUUUUUAUGAUGACGAGACAUUGACGGUGGUAUUGCGAAGUCUGGAUGAUGACGAGAAUAAGAUGCGUGUCCUCGCUCAGCUUCAUCUAAACUCUGCUUUGAGCUGGGAUGAAGAGUUCACCUGGGACCUUACGCUCAGGCUGGAGCAGCAGACUGAAGGGAUCCCGGUCCAGGGUUUGACCUGGGGAAACCAGAGCAGAGAGAUGGACAACAUCAAGGCACAGUUUGUGGCAGUUAAUGGGAUCCGCAAAGUGGCCUGCGUGCUCAGUGCCAAUCUGAGACAUGUACGUGUGUUUGAGAUGGAUGCAGAGGAGGAAGAGGAGGAGGAAGAGCGUGCUGAUGAGUCACAGGAAAUGAGCUCGGACCAGGACAGACUCGAGGACACAAUGACUAAUCAGAGUGAUGCUGGUGAAGAUGGAGCAGGAGGAGCCGAGGAGGCUCAGGUGGCAGGUCAAGGCUCAGGAGAUGUCUUGAAUGAGACUGCAGGAUCAGACACACUUUGAACUCUGACCUGAGAUCCAACACGUUAUCCACAACUGAACUAUGGACUCCUCUGUUAAUCCUGGUCUUGUCCUUUUUGUAUUAAAAAUAUUUUGUGAUAAAGAUGAUCUAAUGAACAUUUCACAGCCUGAUUUGUAAAUAAAUGGAUUCACUGUGUGCUAAUCUUGAGUUUUAUCAAUCAAUGCACUAUUCACAGUCCACCGUGAUUAAUUAAUCCCAUUAGUGAAAGUUUCAUAACACUUGAGUGAGUUGUUCAGCUAGUCAUGUGACCUCUGACAGAGUGCAACAGUCAGGUUAUAGUCAUAAAAAAAAAAAAACAUUUUCACCAAAGGGGUUAUCAAUUGAUUCUGCAUGCUUCUGAUGAAGCCAUCAGCCAGCAUUUGUAGGCUUAUUCUUAAGUAAGAAGAAUAAGCCUACAAAUGACAUGGUGAAAACGACAUUACCCAUGAUUCACAAAUCAGGGAAUCAUUACAAGGUGCCAAAAAAACGUUUUAGUGCCCACCCACCUCCAUGAUCAAUGUGAAUAUUGUAGAUUUAGUUUCUACUAACUGUCAUGGGAUUGUCUUUACCUUAUUUAAACCAAUACAUACAAUUCUUUUAGUUUGAUUUGAUUUUGCUUGAAUUAGGAGUUCGUAAUGUGGUUCACCUCAUAGCUGGUAGGGUGGUUCAUGGCUUAAAACUAUAAGAAAAAUACCUCUGGAACCAAGGUUGCUGAAAAACUGUUGCACUCUUAGAAUAUUGAAAUGACUUGAGUGAUUUAUUUUUUUCUAAUAUACUGGGGGUUAGCGGGCAGUUUGUGACCCUCGGGUCUGGGAAGGUCGAAAAUCCUGCCCUAGUGCAUUAACAACCUCUAAGUCUUUCUUUCUUGCUCACCUGAAAAUAAAAAGUUCAGUCACUUCAACUCAUGAGUAUGAUGGAGCAAACGUUUUAAGGUCCUAAUCCAAAUUUAUCCCUAUGGGCAAAACGGUAAAUCCUAAUGUGCAGUCCCUCUGGCUGAUGGCAUUUUUCUGCAAAUGGUAUCCUUGGAUGGGCUUAGAAGAAGUACGUUGCAUGUUCAAAUAAGGCCAAAAAUAGAAAACUAAAUCAAUGAAAAAAAAAUAAUCCUAAUAAUCCUAAACACCAAGACACAUUCUCUGAAAAAAACGAGAGAAUGUAUCAGAGAGGAACAAAAAUCUAAAGAUGUUAAAGUACUUCAGCGUGCACCCCAACACAGCCAAUGCAAAUAUUAGAUGCAAACUUUGAACAUGCAAAGAUGUAGUUGUUCAGCCUAUACCUUAUACGGUGUGUUCAGGUACUGUUUUAAUCAACUUCAUC